UUUUUGCAGUGUAGUUAAAUAACCACAGCAUAAAGCGUCUCAAACUGAGGAGAGAAGGUUACCUGAAUUUAAAACCUCUGAUUGCCAUGAAGAGAAACCCUAAAUAUACCACACCUAAUCUGCUUAGGGGGCUUGUGGUAGGAGUUAGCCUUUGUCCUGGUGGAAAACACACACACACACACACACACACACACACACACACACACUGACAAUGAUAAGGAGUCAGAGAGCAGCUUAGCCUGGACGGUGCUGCCUGGUUUCAGACGCGAUCUGUCCUGCUGGAAGCAUGAACCGCUCCAGCCUCCUGAAACUCAACAGCCUGGGGAAGCUGUGCGGCUCCGGCAACAGCAGCGACAUGGUGAUCCUGGACCGGGUCAAGAGGAAGAACUCGGUCAGGCGCAUGUCCAUCAUCGAGGACGGGCAGCUGGCCGAGGUCCUCUACCUCAUCCCCAAGCAGUGCAUGAUGGAGCAGCUGCCCUUCAUCAACCCGGACGACUACAUCGUCUGCGAGAAGCUGGCUGGGAUUCCUGCAGAGGUCUCAGUGCUGCACGCCCUGGACGGCUGCCAGCCGGGUCUUCCGGCAGGAAAACAACAAAUCCAGUGCUUCAGAUGUGGAGCGCUGUGCAAAGGAGAGGCGCUGCGAGUGCAGAGCAGCUACUUCCACCUGAAGUGUUUCACAUGCAAGGUGUGCGGCUGUGAUCUGGCUCUGAGCGGCUUCUUUAUGAGGAACGGCGACUGCCUCUGCCCGGUGGACUUCCAGCGCUUCCACGGCACGCCAUGCACCAACUGCGGCGAAUUCGUGGAGGGGGAAGUGGUCACCGUCCUGGGGAAGUCCUACCACCCGGCCUGCUUCGUGUGCACCCUGUGCAAGCAGCCCUUCCCUGCAGGCGACUUCGUUACCUUCAGGGGAAAAGAAUGUCUCUGCCAGCGCUGCACUGAACCCGCGUCACCGUCUAAUCACAUCCGACAUCCCAACAAUUGUUCUGGUUGCGGCAGAGACAUUAAGAACGGCCAGGCUCUGUUGGCGCUGGGAGCUCAGUGGCACCUCGGCUGCUUCAAAUGUAAAACCUGCAGGAGGAUCCUGAGUGGGGAGUACAUCAAUAAGGAUGGCUUCCCGUACUGCGAGAGGGACUACCAGGCUCAGUUUGGGGUCAAAUGUGAAGCGUGUCAGAGGUUCAUAACAGGAAAACUCCUUGAGGCUGGAGAACGACAUUAUCACCCCGGCUGUGCAAAAUGCAGCCGAUGUGGCAAAAUGUUCACAGAAGGAGAGGAAAUGUACGUUCAGGGUUCAACAAUCUGGCAUCCAAACUGCAAAGACAGCAGCAGAGCAGAGAGCUGCAGGGUCAGCAGACCAAAGACUCCAUGUCUUGAUUUCUUUUUCCCUCCACGUGAACUGAAGCCCAACAGAUCGUCAUCUGAAAGCUCCUGCUCUCGACCCGGAUCCUGCACUCCCAGCAGCCCCGGCAGAACCAUCUGUGCAAAAGUAGAUAAUGAGAUUAUUGAUUACCGAGACUUAGCAGCAAUUCCCAGAGUCAAGGCUAUAUAUGAUAUAGAGCAUCCAGACAUGAUUUCCUAUAAACCUGUGAACUCCUGCGCUCUGGAUGCCGGAGGAGACGCUGCAACCGGACGAAGCCUGACCGAGUCACCAGGAAACGUGUCUGAAACCACAGAGGAGAACUUUGAAACGAGACCGUGUGUGCCAAAAUCUUCAAGUGACGGUCCGUUUGGAGGUCAAACCAUGUGGUGUCGACACAGCUACAGUCCGGCUCUGUCCAGAUCACCGCAGCAUUUCCACCGACCAGCAGGUGAAAGCUUCGAUUUGCACAGGAGGCGUCCAGUUUACAAACAGCCAGAUCCAGAUUCCGGCUCAACCCAAACUGCGUCUCUGCCCGGAUUCAGCCACAACUUCCUGAGUUUGCCUCGUUUUCCGCCUGGUUACCGCCUCACCAGCACUGACAGAUUCAGCUUGAAGCUCACCACCGAUGAUCAGAUCCCACUAACCCGAGUGGAUAGAGGAGUGUCUAUGCCUAAUUUAUUGGAACCUAAAGUCUAUCCAUACGAGGUCCUUAAAGUCUCAAAUGGAGGCCGAGUGAAACUCCCCAAAGACGUGGACAGAACGAGACUCGAGCGCCACCUAUCCCCAGAUUCAUUCUUUGAAAUCUUCGGGAUGAAAAUCCAGGAAUUUGACAAACUUCCGCUUUGGAAGCGCAACGACAUGAAGAAGGCGGCAAAUCUUUUCUAAAUGUUUGUUAUUUUUAGACUUUAUUUCCUUUUCUUGGUGUUUGAUGUUGACAUUUGGCUUCACCUUAAGUUAGAUUAAACAAUUAUCUAUAAAUAGUUAAUAAUUCAAAAUUAAA